AUGUGCACAUCUGCUUUGUGUCUCGUGUGUGUUAGCUUGCUGUUUGGGACCUCUCUAAGCUGCUAUCAGUGCUUCGUUGAUGUGCACGACAGUCUUCGCCUGUGUUGGGGUCACAUUUUGACAGAGCACAAUGUUAGAAAUGUCGACGCCUGCUUCCAGAAGCUGGACCGCAUAUUCAACAACCAUGAGAGAGUAGUUGAGGCUGGCAGAGUGGAUAAGGGCUAUGACAAGCUACUUAAGGAACUUCUGAAUGCAGAGAUCCUGCCCAUCGUGGAAGAGUUUGACAAAAAGCUGAAUAACGACACAGUGUAUGAGGAAAGGUUGCAGACAGCAGCAGACAAUUUCAUUGCAGCUGCCUCCAAACUGCCUAGAGGUGAGACAUGUAUCUGGAUGCUUCCCUCCAUGUGUAUUCAUUUCAUGUACCCUUCAGGUUUUCAGAGUGGAGGUGCAGAGUACAACUGUGUUACCUGCCGGUAUGACUCCUGUGAGUUCCCUCUCGACUGUCCAGUUAAAGAAAUUAAAGCGAUGGAGAACAGCAGGAGCCGAAUGUGGUGCGAAGUGCCGUUUCACCUACCAGACGACAUCGAGGUGAUCUGGAGGUUUGCAGAAGAGGUGAAAACCCAGCAGGUGGAUCAGUUUAAAGAGGUGACUGCAGGGCUCGACAGGCUCUAUUCCAUCAUUUCAACCGGCCUGCAGCAUCAGGGUACCUACCAGUGUGAGAUCUACUCAGGCCAACACUCCAUUGUCAGGCUGUACUACUAUCUCACAGUGACCCCCCAGGCUGUGGCAGGCCACACAGAGCUGCAGGAGACAUUCGACCUGUCUCUGCUCCCAGGAGGGCGGUUACUCCCUGUGCCUGGUGGGCCCCCCCACUCCUCCCUCCUCCCCUCAUCACUGCUUCUCACCGCCUGUUUAACUGCUUUGCUUCUGCUGCUGUUCCUCUCCCUGGGGGCUCUGUACUGGUCAUCAAAAUCAGGGCAAACAAGUCACGCUGAACAAGCAGAUGGAGAUUUAGGAAUCUGA